GUUUACCAACUAAACACCAAAGAAGCCGCAGCAGCAGCAGCAGCAGAGCCACAACACGGCAGAGGAGCUCCUCGUCUUCAGCUGAACAUCAUUAACACUCAUCAGAGUAACAAACACACUCUAACGUCACAAUGAAAGAUGUCUCCGGGUUCCUCAAACAGCAGCAGAGCAACAGCUCCACGCCGGAGAUGGCGACGGAGUGGCACACGAUGGAGGAUUUACACAACAAGAGAUUGUGGCAUCAGCUGACUCUCAGAGUGUCAGACUUCGUUAAAGAUCCCUGCUUCAAAUCAGGAGAUGGCCUCAUACAGCUCUAUGACAACUUCCUCAGUGACUUCGAACACAGAAUCAACCCAUUGUCCCUCAUGGAGAUUAUACUGUAUGUUGCCAGACAGAUGAAAGAUCCUAAAGAUGCCAUCACUUUUCUCGAGAAGACCAGGGAAAAGGUGAAAAGCAGCGACGAAGCCGUCAUUCUCUGCAAGACGUCUAUCGGCAGACUCAAGCUGGAGAUCAACGAUCUUCCUGCCACAAAGAAACUCAUCGAAGAUGUUGAGGUAAUGUUGAAUAACUUACCCGGGGUGACGUCGGUCCACGGCCGGUUUUAUGACCUCUCCAGCAAAUAUUAUCGCAUCAUUGGGAACCACGCCUCCUACUACAAAGACGCUCUGCGCUACCUCGGAUGUGUGGACAUUAAAGACCUUCCAGAGACGGAGAAGCAGGAGAGGGCGUUCACGCUGGGACUGGCUGGACUCUUAGGAGAAGGAGUUUACAACUUUGGAGAGCUGCUGAUGCAUCCGGUGCUGGAGUCCCUGAGGAACACAGACAAACAGUGGCUCAUUGAUACGCUAUACGCCUUCAAUGGAGGCAAUGUGGAGAAAUUCCAGGGCUUCAAGUCGGCCUGGGGCCAACAGCCGGACCUCGCAGCACACGAAGCUAAACUGAUGCAGAAGAUCCAGCUGCUCUGCGUGAUGGAGAUGACUUUCACUCGUCCUGCGAACCACAGACAGCUCACCUUCACUGAGAUCGGCCAGAGCGCCAAAAUCCCCGUCAAUGAGGUGGAGCUGCUGGUGAUGAAGGCUCUGUCUGUGGGUCUGAUCAAAGGGAACAUUGAUGAGGUGGACCAGAAGGUGCAGAUGACCUGGGUGCAGCCCAGAGUGCUGGACCUGCAGCAGAUUAAAGGUAUGAAGGAGCGUCUGGACAUCUGGUGCGGAGACGUUAAGAACAUGGCCGUGCUGGUGGAGCAACAAGCCCACGACAUCCUCACCUAAAGCUGCCUCCCUCCUCCAGUCCACUGAGGGAAACCUCUUCUCCUCACAACCGUUUCUGUUUUGUAUCGUCUUUCUUUCUUUCUAUCGGAUGUUCAUUACCAACCUGUAAAAAUACACUGUGGUGUUUUACACAUAAACAACUGGUUGUAACAUUAUUAUCCUCACCAUAGGGUCUAAAAUAUUGUUUAAAACUUGAAUAAAAAUGACCAGAAAAAAGU